AUGACAGGACAACACUUGGAACCCUUGGCGGUCGUUGGGAUCGCUCUCCGCUUCCCCGGGGAGGCCGUCUCUCCUGAAAGCUUCUGGAAUCUGAUCCUCAGUGGCAGGGCCGCUGCAAAAGAUAUCCCUUCAUAUCGAUAUAACAUUGACGCCUGGUUCCAUCCAGACUAUGCCCAAACAGACAGACUGUCUCAAAGACAAGCCUAUUUCAUGGAGGGUGAUAUAAGCCGGUUUGACGCCGGGUUUUUCUCGAUCUCUGCGGCGGAGGCCGAGGCGAUGGACCCACAGCAUCGAUUAGCCCUCGAGACGGCAUACCACGCCCUGGAAGAUGCAGGAUAUUCUAUAGAAUCCGUCUCCGGCUCCAAGAUGGCCGUGUAUACCGGCACUUUCGGUCACGACUAUCAGCGUCUCCAGGCAAAAGAUCUGAUGACUAUACCGAAAGGCCAUGCCACGGGAACAGGUGCAAAUAUGUUGCCAAACCGCAUCAGUUGGUUUUAUGACCUCAAAGGACCCAGCUCACAUGUUGAUACUGCAUGUUCAAGUAGCUUGAUGGCGCUGCACCUUGCCUGCCAGUCCAUCUGGAAUGGGGAAUCCUCUAUGGGAAUGGCAAUGGGAUUCAAUGCUAUUCUUGGACUGGAUACUGUCUUAGCUAUGGACAAUCUUGGCAUUCUAUCCAAGGAUGGCCGGUCAUUCAGCUUUGAUGAACGAGGUAACGGAUACGGUCGCGGAGAAGGAGCAGGUGCUCUGAUAGUCCGCCCACUACGUGACGCAAUUGAAAACGGUGAUAGUAUCAGGGCCGUCAUACGUUCAACUGGGUCCAAUCAAGACGGAAAGACGCCAGCCAUUACGCAGCCAAGUAUGGAAAGACAAGAAGAACUAUACCGCGAAACCUAUCAGAAGGCUGGCCUGGGCUUAGAUGUCACCCGUUAUGUAGAGGGCCAUGGAACCGGUACUGCUGUCGGUGAUCCCAUUGAAGCUCGAGCCAUAGGCAACACCUUUCGUGCUUAUCGCAGCUCUGAUGACCCAGUGUACCUAGGAUCCGUUAAAUCGACUAUCGGCCAUCUGGAAGGUGCAAGCGGGGUUGCCGGAGUUAUCAAGGCCAUUUUGGCAGUUGAAAAGGGUAUUAUACCACCAAACACAGACCUCCAGACUCUAAAUCCGCGAAUUGAUGAAGAAUUCUUGCACAUCAAGGUUCCUAGAAAGGCUAUCCCGUGGCCUAUCACAGGCGUACGGAGGGCAUCUGUUAGCUCUUUUGGCUUUGGAGGCACCAACGUGCACGUCGUCUUAGACAAUGCGCCAAGUCAGGCGAGAACCCACUCAAACAAGUCUGGCUGUAAAGAGAGAAAGCCUUCCAGUGCCGCAAGGCUACUAGUUUGGUCAGCCUCCGAUAAAGAUGGCAUCACACGUAUUCAGGAUACCUGGGAGCCCUUCUUCGCUGAUAUCCAGACCACCUCGAAGGAACGCUCCCACUACCUGGACUGUUUGUCACACACCCUGUCGAGCAGGAGGUCGUGGCUUGAAUGGCGGGCGUACGCUGUUGCUGAGCCUGAUUCCGACUGGACUACCAUUCCAGGUAGAAUGGUGUGUCCAGGACAGUGCAUCACAUCACCAAACCUUGCUUACAUAUUCUCCGGGCAAGGCGCUCAAUGGUAUGCAAUGGGAAGGGAGCUUUUGGACGCAUAUCCAACCUUCUUCAACAGCAUGCACGAGGCGAACGCCUACCUCCAAACCCUCGGAUGCCAGUGGGAUCUGCUAGAUGCCCUUCAAAUGAGCGAGUCCGAAUCUUCUGUCAACCUAACUGACCGCAGUCAAACUCUAUGCACGGCAUUGCAGAUUGCCCUGGUUGACCUCCUUAAACAAUUUGGAAUCACUCCCAAGAAGGUAGUGGGUCAUUCAUCAGGCGAAAUCGCUGCUGCGUACUCUACACAUGCAAUUUCCCGCCGUGAAGCAUGGAGGAUUGCUUUCUACCGAGGGCUCUGGAGCAGUAAGCUUGAGACACACAGCUUCGUUCGCGGAUCCAUGCUUGCUGUUGCGCUGAGCCAAAAGGACAUACUGGCAUACCUGAAUACGGUCAGUCAAGAUCAUGCUCUCCUUCGGCUCACGGUCGCCUGUAUCAACAGCCCUAAUAGCAUUACGGUCUCUGGAGACGAAGCGCAGAUCCAGGACCUGAAGUCACUCCUGGAAGCCGAUCAAAUAUUCUGCAGGAGACUGAAAGUCAAGGUAGCCUACCACUCCUUCCAAAUGCAUGAGAUUGCAUCCCACUAUGAGUCUGCUAUUGGUGAGAUGAAUGACGAGUUGGAUGUUGUGCACGGUCAUCGCCCCUGCAUGGUGUCCACGGUCACGGCCGACUGGAUCACACCUGAUGUGUUGCGUACACCACACUACUGGGCACGAAAUUUGGUAUCGCCAGUGCGUUUCUCCGAAGCUUUGGCUGUGGCGUGUAGUUCCACGGCUUCACCUCCGGAGAAGCUGGACGGCAGCCAUUACAAGUCUCUGGAAAUUCAUCACGUGGUGGAGAUUGGACCACACUCGGUACUACAGGGGCCUACGAAGUCGAUACUUGCAGACAUGAAGCGUACUUCGGUACACUAUCUGUCUCUGCUUCAGCGAAACGUAUCGGCUACUUCAACCCUAUUAGACGCUGUGGGGUAUCUCUGGGCUGCUUGUUAUACCGUUGAUUUGGCAGCUGCAAACCAGGAAUUUCGCUAUGAAGCUAAAAAUCUGCCCUGCCUGAAGAAUCUGCCUAAAUACUCAUUCAAUCAUAGUAAGUCCUACUGGUUCGAGAGUCAAAUUAGUCGCAACAUCCGUCUGCCCCGGUUUGGCAAGCACGAGCUUCUUGGCACACAGGAUCCCUACUGGAAUCCCCAUCAACCCCGCUGGAGACACAUCAUCCGGGCAUCCACCAUUCCCUGGAUUCAGGACCACCAGAUUCAAGGUACAAUCUUGUAUCCCGGGGCAGGCAUGAUUUUGAUGGCAGUAGAAGCCGGGAAGCAAAUGUGCCGUGAUGAACGUCAUGUUCUAGCUUUAGACGUUCUAGAUACAAAUUUGCAUGCAGCUAUUCGUGUCCCAGAACACGGUGAUGUGGAAGCUAGCUUUUCAAUGAACCCGGUGAGUAGCUUGAAGGGAAAAGACUCGGACUUCUUCAACUUUCGCCUUGAUUCUGCCCUCGGCUCAUCCUGGACGACAAAUUGCACUGGGUCCAUACGUAUCAUAUAUGAACCGCAGGAGGCCGACCCUGUUACUAACGACCAGGUCGGCAUGAUCGACACGCAUUAUCGAGAUUCUCUUCUACAAGCACAGCAGGACUGUGGUACACAUACGGAUAUCAAAUCCAUUUAUGACAAAUUGAAGCAGUGCGGGUACUCUUAUGGCGAAAGCUUCCAGGGAAUCACUGCUCUCUCUCUUAGUCCACAUGAUGCUAGUACGGUUGUGGGUGACAUCCAUCAUCGCCUAAUCACACCUGAAUCGACCCUUCACCCUACGGCUCUAGACGCCAUGUUUCAAAUGCUACUCUGUGCUAGAACAGCCUGCGAAACUAAGGCUAUGCCCACCUAUGUUCCGACACAUAUCAAACGGCUACGAGUACUCAGGGAUGGCCUACCCAUGUCAUCAGAGUCAUUCAAAGUCCUGGCGCGGGGGACCUUUGAUUCUACGACAGAUGUCUUCGGGUCAAUCACUGCAUUUGGGCCUCAUCUCCAGCAACCUGUGGUUAUUGUGGAAGGACUGAAAUGUACAGCGGUCGGCGGAGUAUUGUCCAAUCGCGAGGAGGCCUCUGCGGGCGGGUCACUUUGCUCGCAAAUUGUAUGGAAACCGGAUAUUCGGCUUCUAGGCGAUACCGAAAUUGAACAGUAUUGCCGUAGGAAUGCCUCUCCUGCAGGUUCCAAAGAAACGAUGACCGACCUCAAUUUUGUGGUUCUUGCCCGUGUACUGGAGGGUUUGCGGGUGUUCUCGGAACAAAAGUGCCAGCCGGCGAAACCACACUUACAAAAGUAUAUCCAGUGGGCUGCUCUGCAAAAGCGUCGCCUGGAGCAUGGAGAGUUGCCCUACUCGUCUGAGCCCUGGAGAAGCCGACUGGUGGAUUGGAAGUACAUCCAUGACGUGGAGGGGCGUCUGCUGGCGGAGGCGCCGUUCUCCAAGCUUCUCAUAAACACUGGCCGCAACCUAUUAGAUUUCCUGACCGGUAGCCAGGAUCCCUUGGAGUUUUUCUUCACGGGCAACAUGGUUGACGAAUUUUAUGAAGCCGCAGUAAGGCCAACCACAUUCCGCUGUGCACCGAAAUUUGCUGACUUUGACUGUGGCCAGGUGGCUCAGACUAGCUUCGCGAAAGCCCUUCCAGAGUACAUGGAUCUCAUUGCUCAUACGAAUCCUGCAAUGAACAUCAUAGAGAUAGGUGCUGGGACUGGAGUGGCUACUCGAGCGUGUCUUAAAGCUUUGGGGGCUUCUGAGCACAACCCUGGCUCGAGGUUUGCCCGAUGGGUUUACACAGAUAUCUCCCGCUCCUUCUUCGGGAAGGCGGCCAGUGAAUUCGCACACGAGGGGUCUCGAAUGCAGUUUGAAAGGUUAGAUAUUGACACAGAUCCAGAACAACAAGGCUUCGAAGCGGGUGGGUAUGAUAUGGUCGUAGCUGCAUGGAUUGUCCAUGCGACUGCAAGUUUGGAACGAAGCUUGACCAAUAUCCGUAAGCUAUUGAAGCCUGGUGGGAAACUCGUCCUCGCCGAGGUGACAAACCCCUUCCACACUGCGGCAGCAUUCGGACUGCUUGAAGGAUGGUGGCUCAGCUCUGAAUCCUACCGUGUUCACGGACCUUGCGUUGACCGAGACGGCUGGCAUGAUCUAUUUCAGCGAACAGGAUUCUCCGGCUGUGAUGUGUACUUCCCAGACUUCGACGAAAAAACAGUCCAUGAGCAUGCGGUCCUGGUCUCUACCGCGGUGCAGGACAUUCCACCUAGUGCCUGGAAUCCUGGCAUCGAGAUAGUGUACGAACCAAGUGAGCCUAAGCAGCAGGCGCUCGCCAGCUUUCUUGAGGACAAAUGCCAGUCAUUCACUGAAUCUAGUGUGUGUUGUUUACCUUUGCAAAGCGUGUCUGUAGACACCGAAGAUGUUCUUCGGGUUUUCAUUCUUGACUUCGAGAAGCCGUUGUUAUAUAGCAUGGGGUCAGCUGUCUACGAAAAGCUCCGGAGCCUCCUUACCACCUCUACAACUACAGUUUGGGUAACAGCAUCGACUGAGCUCCCUGCGCCUGAUCCAAAGCUCCAUCUCAUUGACGGCUUAUUUCGUGUCUUGUCCCAAGAGGACGGGAAGCAGCAUCGUUAUAUAUUGUCCCUUGAAGGAUCUACAAGGCAAGCAUCGAUCGCAGUCAUGAUCCAGAAUAUCCUGCAGCCACCCCUACAGGGACUGGACACGGAGUAUGUCGUGCGAGACGGAAGAUUCCUAAAUCCGCGGGUCUUCGACUGCGCGCCCCUUGAACAGGCAGUUUCAAUGCAAACAGCAGGCGAAAUAGAGUGUGAGCAACGAUUCGGACAGGCUGAAUUGCACUUGGACUCGUCACACUCAAACAUUUCCGAAGGCUUUCGAUUCAUAGAGGCAGAGUCGAUCGACUGCUUGGGUGACAUGGAUGUUGAGCUUGAAAUUCACGCGUGCGGAUUGAAUUUCCGCGACGUCCUCACAUCAUUAGGCCAGAUACCCAACGCAGUGGCUUGGAAGGAAUGUGCUGGGGUAGUCACCAAGGUUGGAAGCAAAUGUACGAAGUUCAAGCCAGGUGAUCGAAUCGCUGGGAUUGCGCCUGCAUCUUUCCAGGCCCGAACCAGAUUUCCGGAGGACACACCCACACCAAUGGUUCACAUCCCAUCUGGGAUGGAUUUGGCCGCAGCCUCGGGAAUCGCAACAAACUUUUUGACAGCCUGGUACUCACUCAAAGAUGUGGCUCGCAUUCAACCUGGGGAGUCAGUCUUGAUUCACUCUGGGGCUGGUGGUACAGGGCAAGCUCUCAUUCAACUGGCAGUACACUGUGGGGCAGAAGUAUAUACCACCGUUGGAACGGAAGAGAAAAAGAGGUUUAUUAUGCAAAAAUACCCCAUCCCCGAAGACCACAUUUUUUCUAGUCGAUCAACUAAUUUUGCACCCGCGAUCAUGCACAUGACCAACGGAAAAGGUGUCGACGUGGUGGUGAACUCUCUGUCAGGCGAGAAUUUAAUAAGAUCGUGGGAGUGCACUGCGCCGUACGGCCGGUUCGUUGAGCUAGGACUGAAAGAUAUUCUGCAAAAUGCUAAGCUACCCAUGGCACAAUUCCGAAACAACGUCACCUAUAGGUUUUUUGACUUGUCCCUGGUGCUGCGGGAUCGCCAAUUGCACGUCCGCGCUGCACUGGAGGCCGUAAUGCGCCUAAUGGGUGAGGGAAAACUUCAUCCCCAGGAACCAACGCUUGUAUACGGUGUUGGUGAACUGGAAAAGGCAUACCGACAUAUGCAGUCCGGGAAAAACCUUGGUAAGAUAGUGAUCGAAAUGCGACACGCCGAUAUCGUCAAGACCGUGAAAAAGUCAAGACCAAACACCUCCUUCGCGUCUAAUGCCACCUAUCUGAUUGCUGGUGGUUUGGGCGGCUUAGGCCAAAGUAUGAUCAAUUGGUUGGUUAGCCGAGGCGCUCGGAAUAUUCUCAUUUUGUCUCGCUCAGGAGGCAAAGACGCCGAGUCUCGCAAAUAUCUUGAUCAACUGAAAGCAGGUGGGCUUAACGUUCAAGUAUAUGCGUGCGACGUUGCGGAGGAGGGCGAAUUAAGCACAGCGCUGACCGACGCGGCGCAUCAUAUGCCUCCCAUCAGAGGUUGUAUACAAGCCGCUAUGGUAUUGCAAGAUGUUGGGUUCGAGAGUAUGAGCCACGAUGAUUGGCAAGCGGCCGUCAAGCCCAAAGCACAAGGGUCCUGGAACCUCCACAAGCUUCUCCCGCGUGGACUUGACUUUUUCCUCAUGCUCGCCUCGAUGAACGGGGUAGUUGGGCAUAUAGGCCAGGCAAACUAUGCCGCCGGGAACACAUUCCAGGAUGCGCUGGCCCAUCACCGCAAAAAAUGUGGAGAGAACGCCGCAACGCUUGACCUCGGGCUCUUCACUUUCGCUGGACGAGUCGCCCGUGACCCAAAACUCCUCAAGAUCAUGCUAAGCAUCCUUCCACACAAGCCUAUCACGGAAGCUGAAUUCCACGCACUUCUUGACGUAUACUGCAACCCAGUUGUCUGCAAGGAGAAGGGGCUACCUUGUCAAGUAUCGUUCGGAAUGCGUUCGCAAGAUGAAGGUGCAGCCCUCAAGGCCUACUGGGUUGGAAAGCCCAUGUUUCGGUAUAUAGCUCAGCAGCGGCUAUCGGAAGGACAGCGUGAGCGCCAGGGCCAGUCUAUUGAUCUUUCAGCUGCAUUCCGAGGGGCCGAAUCAUUGGCUGACGCAACCGCCGCGGUUAUAAAGGCCUUGACCACAAAGCUGGCACGGACAUUGUCCGUUGAAGAAGACAAUCUGAAUGAGCAUAAGGCUUUGCAUCAGUAUGGGGUUGACUCUUUGGUGGCUGUGGAACUACGGAAUUGGUUCGCCAAGGAGCUCCAGGCAGAAGUUGCUACGUUUGAUAUUAUUGGUCGCGCGACGAUUACUUCCUUAGCUGGGGUUGCUGCGAGUCGGAGUAAGCUGCCUCGGGGUUGGUCCUGAUUGAAUAUAUCUCGUCACCAACUUCGUCAUUAGCUAGGCUUGAACGAGG